AUGCGCCCGAUUGGUUGGACGCUUGCGUGUGCAUUGCUCGUGACUACUUUUCCAAAAAGUGCAAUCCCGUCGGGCGUCAAGAGUGAUGAUGGUGUCUCUGCAGGUAACCAACGUGAAGUUGUACGCGCCAAAGUCACCAAACUGCUGCCGAUUUCCAAGGACACGACACCACCGGAUCCCGAUAUACAGCAGCUCAGAAAAUUCCUCGACGACUUGUUGUUCGACGGUGGAAACGGUGUUCAAGAAAAGACGAGCAGACAGGCACGAACGUUUGGCCACAAACGAAUUCAGCUAAUGUUGAUGCCGAUGAUGUACAAAAUGGGAGUGAUAACGACAAUGCUGACUGUAUUGACAGUGAUUUCACUGAAGGGACUACUCAUUGGUGCCAUACUGCUGAUGCUGAAACUCGGCACGUUAAUAGCCAAGUUUUCCUCUGGUUGGCAGCACAAUGCACAAGGCGCUCAACCGAUCCACGUGCACGUCCACAACAGCCUACCGACUGCCCAUAACCAAGCGUACAGUGGCUGGAUGCCACCAUCCAGUAUGGACGACGGAGGGGAACAUUACUACUACAAAGGAUGA